GGAGUGCGCCCGAGGGGUUGUAAACAGAUUGUGAUUUGUUGCGGGGGGGGCAGACCAGGAGGUGAAGGAAGAGGAUGGAUUGCAGGGAGGUGUGGAACCUGCAGAGAGGAGAGUAACUCCUUCCAAAGAAUAGACUAAUCCUCGGUAUUACUGUAACUGUGGGUGGGACUCCCUCAUUCUUAACAAAUGUUCCACGUCAAACUUAGGAAAAUCCAAACGACUCCGCUCGCUUUUUUUCCCCCCGAAGACCCGAGAGGAAACUUUGAUUCACGUCGGCGCGUUCGUCAAGCUCCCGCCGAUCCCAGGUAAAGCCGCCGGUUGUUGCGCAACCCCUCCCGGAAGCUCCUCCGGCCUCCCGUCCGACACGGCACGUUUGCCUUUGUUUUGGUUGUGCGCAAGCGCCCCCAUUUCGCCCUCUAUCCGGCCACGCAUCGGCAAAACCGAGGUGCCCGUUUGACGUCAGCGCCCGCGUGCAGAGAUGCGCCGAGAUAACCGCAGGUUUAUCUUCGCGAGAACGGCACGGCCGGUUGAGUUCGCGGCGUUCGAAAAGGACGUCGUUUGGCGCGUCCGAUUUGGCAGGAGGAACCGAGAUUUAACGGCACUGAAAGGAAGAAAUCACCCGACGCUGAUCCCUAAUUUUCUUCCGCGGAGCGUCCCUGCGGGGGGAAAGUCCUCACUCUGAUUCACCUGAAACCAUUUUGCGGUUUUAUUUGUUUGGGAAAUGCAGGCAAAUUCCAGACCAGGAAUUUGAGCACACGGUAUUAAACCACAUACGAGGGAGACAAAGAGAGAGGGAUGGUUAUUGAGAGCAGAGGAGGGGCGAAGCCAGAGGAGACGAGCCUUGCGAAGUGGGAAGGAGGCAGCGGGGAUAUUUGAUGCACUACGAACUUAGCGUGGAGGGUUUUCCUUGGCCUUUGGAGCGAGAAAGAAGGUCGGGGCGGGGGAGAGAAGAGCAGAGAGGGUGAGGAAAGAGAGAGAGAGAGUGCUCUGUGUGUGACGCUGGUUCCUGGAAAAGCAGAGGGCUGCAGAAUAAACAGGCUGCAUGCCUGAGACUGCCCUGUGAUGUCACCACUGGGCAAAGGAGGGACGAGGGGAGGGGAAAGAAAGGAGCAAAGGGAGAGAGGGAGAGGGAGAGAGAGGGAGAGAGACGCCCAUCAGGUUAAAACCAGCAAGAGGAUGAACGCUGAGCCAAAAGUGACGGAGGUUGAGAAUGAGAAGAGAAGUCGGGCGAACAGGGACGGGAGCGCGCUGUCAUCCGCUGUAAAACACUAAAGGAAAAGGAGGAGGAGGCGCAUUGAUAAGGAGGAGAGGACAAGAGCACCGAUGGUGGACAUCAACUCGGCGCUGCCACUGCGUCUCCCUCCGGCCGCCAUCCCCAUGGACCUGCGCGUGGACCAUCACCACCACCACCACCAGCAGCAGCAGCAGCAGCAGGUGUCCUCGCUGUCCCCGCCCGCCCAGCAGUCGCCCGGCUCCCUCGGGGGCACGGGGCAGACCGGCGGGGCGGUUCCGGGGGCCACGGUCCGCGAGCAGCAGCUGCAGCAGGAGCUCCUGACCCUGAAGCAGAAGCAGCAGAUCCAGCGGCAGAUCCUCAUCGCCGAGUUCCAGCGGCAGCACGAGCAGCUCUCGCGCCAGCAUGAGGCCCAGCUCCAGGAGCACAUCAAGCAGCAGCAGGAGCUCCUGGCUCUGAAGCAUCAGCAGGAGCUGCUGGAGCACCAGAGGAAGAUGGAGAACCACCGUCUGGAGCAGGAGCUGGAGAAGCAGCAGAGGGAGCAGAAGCUGCAGCUGCUGAAGAACAAGGAGAGAGGCCAAGAGAGUGCUGUGGCCAGUACCGAGGUGAAGAUGCGUCUCCAGGAGUUCGUCCUGAACAAGAAGAAGGCCCUGGCCCAGCGGAGCCUCAACCAAGGCGGCGUCCCUAACGACGCUCCCUACUGGUACCGCAAAACCCAGCACAGCUCUCUGGACCAGAGCUCACCUCCGCAGACCGGCUUGUCCACUUACAACCACCCUGUGCUGGGCGUCUACAACCCCCGGGACGACUUCCCGCUGCGAAAGACCGCCUCGGAGCCCAACCUGAAGCUGCGCUCCCGGCUGAAGCAGAAGGUCAGCGAGCGGCGGAGCAGCCCGCUGCUUCGCCGCCGGGACAGUCCCAUCGCCACCGCCAAGAAGCGCUCUCUCGACAUGGCGGACUCGGCGUGCAGCAGCGCCCCCGGCUCGGGCCCCAGCUCCCCGAACAACAGCUCCCACAACAUCCCCAACGAGAACGGCAUCACCGUGCCGGUCUCCAACAACGCGGAGGCGUCCCUGGCCCAGAGGCUGUGCGGCGGCGCCGAGCGGGGCUCCGUCAACCAGCUGUCCCUCUACACUUCGCCAUCCCUGCCCAACAUCACCCUGGGGCUGCCCGCCACCGCCACGGCCACUGCUGCUUCCAAUGUGACGUCAGCCCAGCAGGAUGGAGGCCUGCAGCCGGCCCUGUCCCUCAGCCCCCCCUUCCUCUCCGGCGGACACCUGACGCCGUAUCUGGCCGAGGCCGGGGCGGGAACGGGCGGGCACGGCGCGCACAGCCCCCUGCUCCAACACAUGGUGCUCAUGGAGCAGAGUCCGGCCCAGAGCCCCCUGGUGACAGGCGUGGGCGGCCUGUCCAUGUCGUCGGCGGCGUCCAUGGCCAAGCUCCAGCGGCAGCACCGCCCCUUGGGGAGGACCCAGUCGGCGCCGCUGCCCCAGGGGAGCGCCGCCCAGGCCCACGCCCAGGCCCUGGCCCUGCAGCAGCUGGUGGUCCAGCAGCAGCAUCAGCAGUUCCUGGAGAAGCACAAGCAGCAGUUCCAGCAGCAGCAGCUCCACCUCAACAAGAUGAUGGCCAAGCCCGGCGAGUCACCUGUGGGCCGCCAGCACCAGAGCCACCCCGAGGAGACGGAGGAGGAGCUGAGGGAGCACCAGGACGGGGGCGCCCUGCCGCCGGGGGUCACCGUCAAGCAGGAGCCCCCCGACCCGCAGGAGCUGCAGGAGGAGGCGCUGCAGCAGCACAGGGAGAGGGAGCGGGAGCGGGAGAGGCAGGCGGAGCAGGAGCUGCUCUUCAGACAGCAGGCCUUGUUGCUGGAGCAGCAGCGGAUCCACCAGCUGAGGAACUACCAGGCCUCCAUGGAGGCGGCCGGCAUGUCCAUCUCCUUCCCGGGACACCGCCCCCUGUCCAGGGCCCAGUCGUCCCCGGCGUCCGCCUCCUCCUUCCCGAUCAGCGUCCCCGCGUCCGAUCCCCCCGUCAAGCCCCGCUUCACCACAGGCCUGGUGUACGACUCUCUAAUGCAGAAGCACCAGUGCAUGUGCGGGAACACCAACAGCCACCCGGAGCACGCCGGCCGGAUCCAGAGCAUCUGGUCUCGGCUGCAGGAGACCGGGCUCCGAGCGCAGUGCGAGUGCAUCCGCGGGAGGAAGGCCACGCUGGAGGAGCUGCAGACGGUUCACUCCGAAGCCCACGUCCUUCUGUACGGAACCAACCCCCUCAGACAGAAGCUCGAUUGUUCAAUCACUCCCAUGUUCGUGCGGCUACCGUGUGGAGGCGUCGGGGUGGACAGCGACACCAUCUGGAACGAGGUCCACUCGUCGAGCGCGGCGCGACUCGCCGUCGGCUCCGUGGUGGAGCUCGUUUUCAAGGUGGCCACCGGAGAGCUGAAGAACGGUUUCGCCGUGGUCCGCCCCCCCGGACACCACGCUGAGGAAAGCACUCCCAUGGGUUUCUGCUACUUCAACUCCGUGGCCAUCGCGGCCAAACUGCUGCAACAGAGACUCAGCGUCAACAAGAUCCUCAUCGUGGACUGGGACGUCCACCACGGCAACGGCACCCAGCAAGCGUUCUACGACGACCCCAACGUCCUCUACCUGUCCAUUCAUCGCUACGACGACGGCAACUUCUUCCCUGGGAGCGGAGCACCUGACGAGGUUGGCAGUGGUCCUGGAGUCGGGUUCAACGUCAAUGUUGCCUUCACUGGAGGCCUCGACCCACCCAUGGGAGAUGCAGAGUACCUGGCUGCCUUCAGGUCGGUUGUGAUGCCCAUAGCCAACGAGUUUGCUCCGGACAUCGUGCUGGUCUCCUCUGGCUUCGACGCAGUGGAGGGUCACCCACCACCGCUGGGCGGCUACACCCUGACGUCCAAAUGUUUUGGCUAUCUGACCAGACAGCUGAUGACCCUGGCCGGAGGCCGGGUGGUCCUGGCUCUGGAGGGAGGCCACGACCUCACCGCCAUCUGUGACGCCUCCGAGGCCUGCGUGGCCGCCCUGCUCGGCCAGGAGCUGGAUCCGCUGCCGAAGGCCGUGCUGGAGCAGAGGCCCAACCCCAACGCCGUUCGCUCUCUGGAGAAGGUUCUGGAGACUCACAGUAAAUACUGGCGCUCGGUGCACCGCUACUCGUCGCGGCUGGGGCUGUCCCUGCUGGAGGCCAAGCGGGGAGACUCGGAGGAGGCCGAGGCCGUCAGCGCCAUGGCCUCCCUGUCCGUGGCCAACGCCAUGGAUCAAAGGCCGGAGGAGGAGCCGAUGGAAGAGGAGGAGCCACUGUAACGGAGGGAAACACGAGGGUGUCACACUGUUACCAUUGACCUCUCCGGAGAACACCUCCUUGAGCGGCAAAGAGUCUCGGCUGAUCCCUUCAUUUAGUCCCCCCCUUAACCCCACUCACCACGUCAGUCGGGGAAAAUGGAAAAAAAACAAGGGAGAGGGGGGGGGGGUGGGCUCAGCCUCGGAGUAGGGAGCCAAUCAGACGACAGAGGACUGAACCGGGGGUGGGUGGGGGGACAUAAACAUAACGGCGUUGCUUGGCGGCGCUCGCUCAGAGACAUUCAUUUUUUUUCUGCCGGUCUUCGCGCCCUCGGCCCACGGCGGCCAACCGAGGGGGGGUCACGGCAGCAGGGCGAGUUCGUCGGGAGCGGAGGCGCGAUGAGGCCUCGCCGCAGGAAGGUGCGAUUACACUCCCACGAGGAAACAUAAAGGUGCUUCACGCAGCUGCCCUCUGACCACACACGGUACGGACACCAGGGACAGUGGACGUCCCUAGCUGUCGACGAGCAGCUCUGGGAUCUUCUUUCUCUUUUCUUAACUGUUUCCUCCCCCCCCUUGAAGAAAAACACAGGGCGGGGGCAUCGCAGCAACAUUUUACACGAUGCGUUCACUGUGGACUUUGGUCAGGCCGAAACCUUGAGUAGGCCUUUACAAAGAUUUGACGGUGAGACUGUCGCCUCGCCGGAACCAGCCUGACGUCGGAGGGUUGACGAGUGUGAGGAGUGCCUUGGUGAGGGUCCGCUGGAUUCCAGGAUUGUUCAGGAAAAGAUUGCCUUAAGUUUAAAGAGUUUUCUCGCUGAGGAAUCGGAAGGGAGGGACACGGAGAGCGUCGAAUCUUUUCGGAAAACAAAGCAAACAAUCUUUCAGCAUGUUUACUCGGAGCGUGAUGCAGACGACGCUCACGUCUCUCGCGGCCUCUCUUGAAGAGUUACUUUACUUUUUGGAUGGAUCUAUUUUUCUGUAAAAACAAAAAGGAAAAAAAAAAAAGAAGAAGAAAUCCGCUUUGUUAAGGUAGUCGCCGGCUAUAGUAGAAAAAAAAAAAAAGGUGCGAACCCAAAACGGGGAAUUGGAUCGGAAACGAGCCUUUCAUGUAGCUUCCCUUUAAACGGAGUCGUCGCUUUGUGAAACACAUCACGCAUGAAUUCGAGCGGCGAGACGAUUUCUUUUUUAUUUUUUGGCGAGAUUCUUUUUUUUUUUUUUUUUUUUUUUGAAUGUUACCCAAAAGAGAAGUGAGAAAAGCCAAAGCAUGAGUUUGCAUAUAUACGGUUAGUACUUUCGCUCCACUUAGCUGGCGGGGCCGACGAAACAUUUCUCUCCGAUGUUUACUAAUUUAAUCCUUCGCGUUUAAUCAGGUGAGCGCUUCUCGACGCGUGCGGACCCCCGUGAUUUCUGCCGGGUUUUUUGGCGGCUACCUUGGUCACUAGCGCGAGCUAAGCCGUGUACAUAUAUAUUUUGAGUGGCGAUCCCGCGUCGCCCGUUUUGUGUAUGAUUUCCGCAUCGAGUUGUCGAUUUAUCAAUGGGAAGAAAAACAACAAAAAAAAAUGUGUUCGGUAAGCGUGUCCACUUUUUGUUUUAUAAGAUUAUUUUUCUAACUUUUUUCAUCCAUAGAUUUUUUUCUGUGUUUUUAUCCGUUUUCUGGAUAGUUAUAGGGCUGCCAUUCACUUAGUACUAUUGUCAUUUCUUGUUCAAGACUUCUUUUCUUUCUUGUACUUAUCAAAAAUAAGGAACACUUCCUUCCUUUCUUUCUUUCUUUCUUUCUUUAUACGGCUCCCGAAGCCUCUGCAUUUUCAUCAAUUAUGUAUUUAUAACAUGUACUGUUUAUAGAAGAUUUGUAUAUGGAAAAAUUUAUAAAUGUACUCUAACUAAUGACAGCUAUGAUAUUGUGAGCAAAAAAAAAGAAGAAGAAGAAGAAACAGUAUGGCGUACGACACUACUCCACGGACUUUAAAAAAGAGCAGCGUAUUUAACUCGUCGUCGACCGCACUGUUUUCAAGUUGCCCUCGAGUGAAGCGUUACAUGGCACUGCAAUUGACUUUUUUUUUUUUUUUUUUUUUUUUCGUAUCUUAACAGAGUCUGAUCACUUUGUUGCCUAAUUGAUUACAUUUCCGUGCAUGGGGUGUGGAUAUGCACUUACCUUUCGACUGUGACGACAUCAUCCGUAAAGAGGUUUUAGAGGCCGUUCUAUGUAGCUAGCCUUUUUUUUUUUUUUUUAAGAGCGGGAAAAGAGAAUACGGGGACGAAUCGCGGCUAAUAAUCCGAGCAUGUGUUGCCCCGUCACGUUUUCCCCCUUCUUUUCUUUUCCCGCUCAAAUUCCACCGAUCAGUUAACCCGUCUGUCGACUGCUUUUUUUUUUCUUUAUUAUUUAAAUAUCAUUUUAUAAACUCGUAACAUUCAUUUUUCAUGUCUUAAAACAACAUUCCACUUGUUUAAUUUGGCUUUUUUUUUUGUUUUUUAUUUAUUGUGUUUUUUUUUUUUUUAAAGGUGAUACUACUCUUUCUUUUUAGCCGUCUGCUCGCGCCAACUUUAACUCUUUGCAUGGUUUGUGAGUCAGCAUGCCUGCUUGUCUAUGUAACAGAAAAAAAAAAUGUAUUUGCACAACAGAAGAAGAACACUGGAGGACUUCGAGAUGACGCCUCCCAAAGGGCGACUCCUGAGAAUCGGGAGGAGGAAGGAGGAUUCGUCCUCUCCGGUGGACAAACAACUCUAAAGACUUUGUCCAGUUGACUCCGCCGGGGGAGGGGGGACUUUGAUAUUGUUCUUAUUGAAUUUCCAAUAAGUGAUUUUAACACGAUUCAGCACUUAACGACAUGUUACGGACUUUGAGAGAAGCGCGCUCCGACAAACCUCUGCUACAUUCACACCUUAACGAGACUUUCCCAAAGAAUGUUAGAUAUCGGUUUGGAGGAAAGACAUCAACAACAACAACAACAACAACAACAAAAAAAAGGGCAUCGUCGUUUGAUUGUCACACCCACCUCGGCCAGUUCUAUAUAUAUAUAACCACUGUGGCUCAAGAGCAAUUCUUGGUUUACAUGUAAAUGGAUUUAAAAAAAGAAAAAAGAAAAAAAAGUUAUUUUUUGUUUGUUGUUCGUCUCUAUUGAUGAAAAAUGUUAUCUUUCUUUGGGACCUACGCUUUGGACAUUUCAUCUCUGACAUCAUCUAUAAAAUAUAUUUCUGAAAAAUA